CCAAAAUAGGCAAAUUUUGGCUUCAAAGGAGAUAGGAAAUUCAAUUUGGUGUUCCUUUUAAUCACACUAGGCAGCUCUUGUUGCCUAACAGGAAGAAGCCUCCCCUCCCCCUUUUUUCAGCUUACAAUCAACAAAAAGAAAUUGGGAAUUUUUUUUCUCAUCACUUUCCCUUUGAAAUUCAUUGAAAAUUUGCUUCUUACUUGCAUAUAUGUAUAUACAUUGAAACAAAAUGGCACUUACAGAUAAUGGACAAAAGAAAAGAAUCAUAAUCAUUGCUGUUUGUUCUGUGAUCUUGGUGGGCAUAGUGGUUACUGUGUCGAUUGGGUUUACCGAAAAGAGCUCCAAAAAAGAAUCCACCAAUACCAAGAAAAAUUAUCAAAUAUCUGAUUCAUUGAAGGCAAUCAAAUCCAUUUGUCAACCCACUGAUUUCAAGCAAACAUGUGAAGAGCAACUUCGUAAAGAGGCUGGCAAUUCAACAGAUGUUAAAGAGCUUAUGCAAGCAGCAUUCAAGGCCGGGGUGAAUUUUGCCACUCAAGCUGCUGAGAAUUCGGCUACUUUGAGAGAGGUUGAGCAAGAUCCAAAGUCUAAAAUGGCUUUGGAAAAUUGUAAGAAUCUGUUGACUUUUUCUAUAUAUGAGUUUCAAAAGUCAAUUAGCAAGAUUAAUGAGUUGGAUGUGGAUGUUUUUAAUAAGAUCUAUGGGGAUUUGAAGAUUUGGUUGAGUGCUACCAUUACAAAUCAACAGACGUGUUUAGAUGGUUUCCAGAAUACGAUGACGGUCACCGGAGGGAAGAUGGAGAAGGCGUUAAAUAUGUCGAUGAAGCUCAGCAGGAUCGGGCUGGCGAUAGUGGGUGAGUUGUCUGAUGCAUUUAAUCAAUUGGAACUUCAAGGUAAAAGUCGUCGGUUGCUUGAGGAAAGAAAAAUGCAUGUCCUUGGCCAUUCCUAUUGGCCUUCCAUGAUGGAUAAGAAUCCUUGGAAACAUCAUUUAGUCCAAGAGAAAGAAGCAUAUGUUAUUGGUCACGCCAAUUGGUUUACCAUGUUAGAUGAAAAUAAUCCAUUGGAACGUCGUUUACUCCAAGAAAAAGAGCCUCCUGUUCUUGACCGUGCUGAUUGGUUUUCCAUGUUAGAUGAGAUUUCUCGGAAACAUCAUCUACUCCAAGAAAAGGAACCCCCUCUUCUUGGGCAUAUAGAUUGGUCUUCCAUGAUAGAGAAUCGUCGUUUUCUUCAAGAAAAAGAGCCCCCUGUUGCUGGACAUGAAGAACCGUCUGAAAUGCUAAAUAAACGACCUCUACUCCAAGAAAAAGAGCCACCUGUCGCUGGACACGAAGAGCCGUCAGAAACGCUAGAUCAACAACCUCUCCUCCAAGGAAAAGAGCCACAUGUUCCUGGAGGUGAAGAGCCGGAAAUGCUAGAUAAACAAGGUCGAAACCAAGAAAAUGAGCUCCAUGUUACCGGACAUGAAGAGCCAUCGGAAAUGCUAAAUAAACGACGUCGACUCCAAGAAAAUGAGCUCCAUGUUGAUGGACAUGAAGAGCCCUCGGAAAUACUAGAUCAACAGCGUCAACUCCAAGAAAAUGAGCUCCAUAUUGCUGGACAUGAGCUAGAUAAACUAGGUCGACUCCAAGAAAACAAAAUCCAUGUUUCCGGACAUGAAGAGCCAUCGGAAAUGUUAGACAAACGACGUCGACUCCUAGAAAAUGAGCUCCAAGUUGGUGGACAUGAGCAGCCCUUAGAAAUGCUAGAUAAACGGCGUCGACUCCAAGAACAUAUCGAUGGACACGAAGAGCCCUCGGAAAUGCUAGAUAAAAGACGCCGACUCCAACAAAAAGAACUCCAAGUUGAUGGACAAAAAGCGCCCUCAAAAAUGCUAGAUAAACGGCGUCAACUCAAAGAACAUAUCGAUGGACACGAAGAGCCCUCAAAAAUGCUAGAUAAAAGACGUCGACUCCAGGAGAAAGAACUCCAAGUUGAUGGACAUGGAGAGCCCUCAGAAAUGCUGGAUAAACAGCGUCAACUCAAAGAACAUAUCGAUGGACACGAAGAGCCCUCGGAAAUGCUAGAUAAAAGACGUCGACUCCAAGAGAAAGAACUCCAAGUUGAUGGACAUGAAAAGCCCUCAGAAAUGCUAGAUAAACGGCGUCGACUCAAAGAACAUAUCGAUGGACACAAAGAGCCCUCGAAAAUGCUAGAUAAAAGACGUCGACUCCAAGAGAAAGAACUCCAAGUUGAUGGACAUGAAGAGCCCUCAGAAAUGCUAGAUAAACGGCGUCAACUCAAAGAACAUAUCGAUGGACACGAAGAGCCUUCGGAAAUACUAGAUAAAAGACGUCAACUCCAAGAGAAAGAACUCCAAGUUGAUAGACAUGAAGAGCCCUCAGAAAUGCUAGAUAAACGGCGUCAACUUAAAGAACAUAUCGAUCGACACGAAGAGACCUCGAAAAUGCUAGAUAAACGGCGUCGAAUCAAACAACAUAUAGAUGGACAUGAAGAGCCCUCGGAAAUGCUAGAUAAAAGACGUCGACUCCAAGAAAAUGAGCUCCAAGUUGAUGGACAUGAAGAGCCCUCAGAAAUGCUAGAUAAACGGCGUCGACUCAAAGAACAUAUCGAUAUACACGAAGAGCCCUCGGAAAUUCUAGAUAAAAGACGUCUACUCCAAGAGAAAGAACUACAUGUUGAUGGACAUGAAAAGCCCUCAGAAAUGCUAGAUAAACGGCGUCGACUCAAAGAACAUAUCGAUGGACAUGAAGAGCCCUCGGAAAUGCUAGAUAAAAGACAUCGACUACAAGAGAAAGAACUCCAAGUUGAUGGACAUGAAGAGCCCUCAGAAAUGCUAGAUAAACGACGCCGACUCAAAGAACAUAUCAAUGGACACGAAGAGCCCUCGGAAAUGCUAGAUAAAAGACGUCGACUCAAGGAAAAUGUUGAUGGACAUGAAGAGCCCUCAAAAAUUCUAGAUAAAAGACAUCGACUCCAAGAAAAUGAUCUCCAAGUUGACGGACAUGAAGAGCCCUCGAAAAUGCUAGAUAAAAGACGUCGACUCCAAGAAAAUGAGCUCCAUGUUGCUAGACACAGAGAACUCUUUGAAAUGCUAUAUAAACGACGUCGACUCCAAAAAAAUGAGCUCCAUGUUGUUAGACAUCAAGAGCCCUCGAAAAUGCUAGAAAAUGAGCUUCAUGUUGCUGGACAUGAAGAUCCCUCGGAAAUGCUAGAUAAACGGCGUCAACUCCAAGAAAAUGGGCUCCAUGUCGCUGGACAUGAAGAGGCGUCGGAAAUGCUAGAUAAACGACGUCGACUCCAAGAAGUUGAGCACCCUAUUUUUGGACAUGAAGAGCCGUUGCUAGAUAAUAUCCGUCUACUCCAAGAAAAUGAGUCCACUGUUGCUGGACAUGAAGAACUGUCAGAAAUGCUAGAUAAACCACGUCUACUCCAAGAAAAGGAGCCCCCUGUUGCUGGACAUGAAGAGCCAUCAGAAAUUCUAGAUAAACAACGUCUACUCCAAGGAAAACAGUCUCCUGGUUCUGGACACAAAGAACCACCAGAAAUGCUCUAUAAACGACCUGUACUCCAAAAAAAAGAACCACCUAUUGUUGAACAUGCAGAUUGGUCUUACGUGGUAAAGAAUGAUCCCCGGAAGCAUAGGAUCAUAGAGAAUGAUCCAUCCAACUUGAAACCCAACAUUGUUGUGGCCAAGGAUGGGAGUGGAAACUUCAAUACCAUUAAGGACGCAAUGAGCUAUAUCCCCCUCAAUGCUCAAAAGCCCUUCGUCAUAUACAUCAAGGAAGGAACUUACGAGGAAAAUCUCAUAUUCAGUUACAACAUGACUAACGUUGCCCUAAUCGGAGAUGGAAAAGAGAAAACCCGAAUCACCGGUCACCUUAACGCCGCGGAUGGCAUCAAUAUUUUCAACACCGCCACUGUCGCCGUUAAUGGCGAUUUCUUCUUUGCCAAAAACAUUGGGUUCGAAAACACUGCUGGUGCCAUCAAGCUCCAAGCUGUUGCUUUAAUGGUGAUAUCCGAUUUCGCUGUCUUGUAUAAUUGCUCCAUCGAUGGCUACCAAUACACACUUUACGUUCACAGCAAACGCCAAUUUUACCGCGACUGCACCAUCUCCGGUACCAUUGAUUUCGUCUUCGGUGAUGCAGCGGCCGUUUUCCAAAACUGCAAAUUCGUGGUCCGUAAGCCAUUGAAAGGGCAACAAAACGUAAUCACCGCACAAGGUAGAUCCGAUGAACGUCAACCAACAGGUAUCGUCAUUCAAAACUCGACGAUCGUCGCCGAUAAUGAACUGGUUCCUUUUAAAAUCGAACACCCGACCUUCCUCGGUCGUCCAUCGGGCAACUUCUCGAGGACGAUAAUAAUGGAGACUUUCAUCGACGACUUGGUUAAACAUGAAGGGUGGGCAGUUUGGGAUGGUCACCGGGGCUUAACCACAAGCUAUUACUCCGAAUACAACAACCAUGGACCUGGUUCCGCCACGACCCACCGUGUUUCAUGGCCAGCGAUUAAGAGACUUUCGCCGAUGACAGCACUUGGAUUCACUCCGGCAAGGUUCUUCUUCGGUGACGAUUGGAUAAAGCCUAAAGGAGUGCCUUAUACAUCUGGGUUCUCCAACAUUUCUAACGAGGGAUAUAAUAUGAAAAGUUCGAUCUGAUUCGACAGCUGAUAAUUGAAAAGGGUAAGUUAGAUUCUUACAACAUUUUGAAUAUACCAUUUUUUUUUGUUUUGUUUUGUUUUGUUUUAGCUCUCGAAGAUAUCAGGUAUAUCUUGUUCAUACAUCCAUUGUCUCUUUCAAUGGUUCCUAGGUCUAUUUAUUACAUGCAUAUUUUCUAGACAAGCAGCAAUUGGUGUAAUUGUACGGGCAACACCUUCCUAAGGGUCCGUAAUUUCUAAUAGUAAUGACAGACAUUAAU